AUGGUUUCUACAAAAGAAAAUGGAACAAACUAUACAACAUUCUUGACUAAUUUGUGUGACAAGAAUAUGAAUAAAAAUUCUGCAACGCACAAAGUUAACGAUAAUAAAAUGCCAACUGUCAACAUGAAUGGGAAUCAGCAGCAAAUUUCUUUUCAAGAUCAACAAUUCAAUAAUAAUAGUUCAAUUUAUAACGAUUAUAAACCAGUUGAUUCUUCAAACAAUUUUAUGAAUUUACAAAAUUCAAAUUUAAGUAUAAAAUCGGAACCAGUUGAAUUUAAAACUCAAUAUCAAAACAAUAAUCAUCAAUUGCAUUCAAAUAAUUACCAACUACCUCAAAGUACAGAAGGAUUUUGCACCCAUAAUCAGCAUGAAAAUAGUAUUGAUAAACAAUGUUUGAUUUGUCGUUCAACUUCAUCAUUAAAUAGUUUAAAUUAUUUUGACAAAGGAAAUCUUUCAAAAGAUAGGACAAUAAACCGUGAUGUCCAUGCAAAUAAUAAGCAAAUCAGUGACAAGCAAUAUUUGGCUAACUUUAACAAAGAGAUUUCAACAACUUUUGAUCAAUUUUCAACUAAUAAUCCUUCAAAGAAUGACUUAACUUUAUCUCCAACUACACCACCCCCUAAUAAUGGCUUACCAAAUAGUUUUACAAAUACAUUUACUACAAAUCAAGCAAAUACAACAACCCUCAAUAAUGACCUUGAUUUACCAAGUAAUACUGAUUUUAUAGAUACCAAUAAUUCUGGUGCAAACUAUUUAACAACGGAUGAAACCACGAAUUUAAAUUAUAAUCAGUUGGAAAAAGAAGAUGAACCAUUACAAUUUAAUGGAGUUUUACCAGCUGAUACAGAUAAUCAAAUACAAAAUGAUUUAACUUCAAGAAAUUAUAUGAUAAAAAAUAAUGGAUACUUAGAUGAGUUCAAGAAUAAAUUUGAACAAGCAUCCAUUGAUGAGAAUAAUAAUACUUCAUACUUAGACAACAAUAGUAAUAUAAACUCCAAUUUAAAUAAUACUAUGCAAUCAAAUCAUUCAAGUCAUAACAUUCAUCAACAAAUAGGUUCAUCGUCAAUGUUAUCAGCUAUUUCAAAUACCUCAUUAGCUUCACCGUUAUCAGUUGAUAAAUUUCAUAACAGAAUGAUUGGUGGAAGAGACUCUGCAGAUUUGCAAGUCAAUGAAAAUUAUAACAACGGGCCGAUGGGUGCAAAUUCACCAUCAUCUAUAUCAACAAUAUCUUCAAAUCAACAAAUCCAACAACAUUUUCAAAAUCAAAUACAUCAAGGUGGUCCAUACGAUCCAAUAAAUAAAACAAGUUUAAGAAAUUUACACCAACAACAUCAACCAAUAUAUUCUUCAGCAUCAUCCACAUCUCCAUCACCAAAAAAUGAUAACUCAACAUCAAAUAAUAAUCAACUAGAAAAUGCAUUUUCAUUGAACAAAACUACUCCAAUUGCAGGUGUUUCUAAUAUUGAAACAGUACAAAAUGCAAUGUCUUCAUCAAACUCAUCUUCUAGAAUAUCACCAAUAAAAAACGAGUACCCUAUUCAAUAUCAAGAUCAGAAUCAAAUAAAUUACAUGUCUUAUGGAGCCAAUUCAAAUUCAAUGAAUCAAAAUUUUAAUAUUAAAAAUAUGAAUAAUGAAACAACCACUGCCGCAAAAUCUGAAACACCAAAAAAAAUUAAUAAAAAACAUCGCGGAACUGAUUUAACAAAACUAAAUGGACAAUCACAUAUAACUAAAACAGGUGGUGGAAGAGUUAAAUCUGCUCAUAAUGUCAUUGAACAGAGAUAUAGAAAUAAAAUAAAUGAUAAAUUUAAUGCAUUACAAGAAUCAGUACCAACAUUGAGAGUAUUAUUAAUAAGAAAAUUAAAAGAAAAAAAUAUGAAACAUAGAAUGAAGUCACAACAACAAGAUAAAAAUAAUGAAUAUGAUGAUGAUGAUGAAAUGGAUGAAGAAGAAGAAGAUUUUGAAAAUGGUUCUGAUUUAAAAAUUGAUGGAUUAUUAAGUAUGAAUGAUAUAGAUGAAAAUGAAAUUAUAGAUUUAGAAGGUUUAGAACCAGCAAGAAAAUUAAAUAAAGGUACAAUUUUAGCAAAAUCAAUUGAAUAUAUCAAAUUUUUAGAAAAUAAAAAUUUAAAUUUGAAAUUUGAAAAUCAAAAUUUAUUGUCUAGAUUAGGAUGA